AAUUUAAAUCAUCAGCACAUUUCGCAAUAGCCCAACGUAAAUCAAGAUUUCGAAGUCUCUCUACAACAAAAACACAAUCAGAAUCCGAUAUUUACCUCUAAACACAUACUAUCACAAAAUUCCCGAAUAUGCCACCAGCAAAGAAGAGAAAGACACGCGCAACAGCUGAAUCGUCAGAAGAAGUGCAACCACUUGAUACCAUCACCAGUGCAGAACCAACGGACACACCAUCAGAGCCUAUCCCUGAGAAAGCUACGGAACCCGAACAAUCUACUGCUACUUCAAUAUCAUCAUCAGACGCCGCCGCGAAAGCCAAAGAACGCCAAGAGCGAUUCAAAGCCCUUCAAGCACGCGCCAAAUCCUCCGCUCAAAAGAAUCUGAAGGAGGCUACCCUCGAAUCACAACGAUUAGCCACCGAUCCCAAUCUUCUAACCUCCUUGAACCGCAAAUCCGCCAUCGCAUCCCACAAUUUACUAAAAGCCGAUGCUGAAGCAGCAGGCGAAGAUUUCGAGCGAAAACGAGCUUGGGAUUGGACUAUCGAAGAAAGUGAGAAAUGGGAUAAGCGGUUGAAGAAAAAAGAAGCACAUAGGGAUGAUCAAGCAUUUCAGGAUUAUCGACAGGAUAGUCGAAAAGUUUACAAACGACAAAUUCGUGAUUUGAAACCUGAUAUGGAUUUUUACGAGAAAGAGAAGAUGGCUGCUGUAGAACGGGCUGCUGCUUCAGGAGGACUAGAAAUUGUGGAAACUGAUGAUGGGGAGUUGGUCGCUGUGGAUAAGGAUGGAACAUUUUACAGCACGGCGGAUUCGACGGGUUUUGUGGAACAUAAACCGGAAAAAUCAGCUGUGGAUAGAUUGGUGAAGGAUUUGCAGCAGGCAGAGGAGGCGAGGUUGAAGAAACAGAGAGCGAGGAAUGCGGCCAAUGGAGAGGACGGGGAUGUUACUUAUAUUAAUGACAAGAAUAAGCAGUUUAACCAGAAGUUAUCGAGGUUUUACAACAAGGUAAGCACGGGUUUUAUUCUUUCUCGUUUUCUGCAUCUACUAACAUUCUUUAGUACACUGCGGAAGUUAGGGAUAGUUUUGAGCGUGGCACAGCUAUAUAAUUACAUUAGAAUUGGGUGGAUAGUUUAUGCGGAGUUUGUUCAUAGACUUCAUAGUCUGAUAAAAUACAAAGCCAAAACAGGCAAUUUUU